UUGUUCUCCCCUCCCCUCCCACCUCCCCCCGUUUUCGAUUAAAGGUGCCUCCGGUGCUUCCGGCACCACCCAUCGCUUACUUGGAAGCCCACAGUGCCCCAGCCCAGCUUGCGAUGUCCGCCGCAGACAUGGCCCGUCGACGCCUUGUCACUGGGUCAUUCCGUGGUCUGGUCAUUCCGCUGUUGGCCGCGCAAUUACUCUUUGUGAUUUCCGAAUCUACGGUCCAGAAUGCGGUCUCGUCUAUGUUGGCCGAGGCAAAUCGCACCGUGCCGGAUUAUGUGACACGAUAUGCGCCGCUCGUCUGGCUACACUCGGAAGACCCGUUCCGGCCGGCAGACUUACUCGAGCAUGUCCGCCACACGACGCCCAUGGUCAACCAAAAGCCCGUCUCGGAUCUGCCGGAGCUCGACCUGGAUAACUUAGCGAUGCUCAACAACAUUGGCGGCGACCAAGUCGCGCUGACCUCUAAUGACGAUAUCAGAGAUCUGCCCGCAUGGAUCUUCGGAGAGACCCCGGACGCAAUGGGCAGGGUCUACAACGCUACCCCGUGUGUUGUGAUUCUCGUCGAGCACAGUUCCCGUGAUAUUGACGCCUUUUUUUUCUAUUUCUAUUCGUACGACCGAGGCGCAAAUCUCACCCAGGUCUUGGAGCCCCUGAAUCACUUGAUAGAGGACACUGAGAACGGGAUGCAUUUUGGGAAUCACGUUGGCGACUGGGAACACAACAUGAUCCGGUUUCGCGAUGGAAAGCCCAUUGGCAUCUACUACAGUCAGCAUGCAGACGGCGCUGCCUACGACUGGAACGACGUGACCCUUUCGAUGAAGAAUGAGCGGCCCGUCGUCUUCAGCGCCUAUGGCUCGCACGCGAAUUACCCAUCUCCGGGCGACCACGUCCAUGACGAAGUAUUGGUGGACUACUGCGAUGCCGGCCAGGUCUGGGACCCCGUCCUCUCGGCGUACUUCUAUCACCUCGACCCCGCCAGCUUCACACUGACGCGCCUGUCCACUUCCGGGUCACCCUUCGCCGCCGCGCCUAAUCUCACCUCCUUCUUCUACUUUACUGGCAUGUGGGGCGAUGCCCAGUAUCCGGACGACGAUCCUCGCCAAAAGACAGUCCCGUACUUCGGCCUGCAGCGCUAUGUCUCGGGUCCGGCAGGCCCUGCUGAGAAGCAGCUCGUGCGGAAGGGGCUCUUUCCCGACCAUCGUGAGAGCAAGUCGUGGAUACAGUGGGCUGUUGGGAUCUUUAUGUCAUUGUACCCGUGCUGUCUGCGCGGAUGGAGAGCCUGGGUUUCUGGGACGGUGGUCAUAGGGUUGGGGGCAUUGAUAGUGCUCGGGAUCAGGUUCGGCGUGAGGCGGUAUAGGCUGAAGGGGUACAAGAGGGUAGAGACGGAGGAGAUACCACUGAGCGACCUAGAGUGCAGAGAGGACGUUGUCUUUCAUCGCGCCGAAGUCGACCAAAGGUGAUGCAGAG